AUGUCAUCUUCUUCUUCUUCUUCUUCUCGAAUAUCAACAUUAGUAGAAAAUGAAUCAUUACUUUUGAAAACAAUUAAACAUAUUUAUAAUGAAUAUGAAUAUCGUGAAAUAUCAUUAGAAAAUAUUCAAAUAUUUACUGAAAAAUUUUAUCAAAUAUGGAUGAGACCACAAAUAAUAUCAAAUAUAAUUAAUCGAAAUAAAGAAGGUUAUCUUGUUAUUGAAUAUCUUGAACAAUUAUUAUUAAAUGAUAAAAUGAAUGAUAAUUUUUUUAUUUUAAUUAUAAAUACAUUAGUUAAAAAUGAAAAUUUUUAUUAUUCAUUUUUAAAUGAUCAUAAACGAUUUAAACAAUUAUUCAAUUUAUCUAUACGAAAACCUGUCUAUUUAAUGCGAUAUAUUGAACUUUUAUAUUAUUAUUGUCCAUUAAAUUUUAUUUCUAAUAUUGGUUUAGAAUUCUAUCGUUUUGUUGUUGAUACUUAUUUUAUUAAAUAUUUACAUCAAAUAUCAUAUGAUAUUGAUUGGCUUGCAGCUUUUUCUACUUUACUUUAUCAAUUCUAUGAAAAUACAACGAAAAAUUUUCUAUCAAAAGAAUUUAUUUUUACUAAUCAAAAAGAUUCUAUUGAUUAUUCAAUUUAUGUUAUUAAUACACUUCUUCAUCAUCAUUUAAAUGUUAAAUCUUCUAAAGAUUUUAUUUAUGAUCUAAAAUUAAUUAAUAUAAUUAUCAAAACAAUCACUGUUGUUUGGAAACAAAAUCCAUCAACAGAGAAUUCUACACACGAAAAUCAAGAUAGAAUAACACCAAUUCAAUUUCGAUCAAUUGAAUAUUUAUUUGAUAUAAUGUCAACUGAUAAAUCAUCUGAUAAAGAUUUAAUAAUGAAUUUCAAUAAAACGAAAAUAAAAUUUAGUUCUGCAAUACUUUCUCUUUUUCCUCAUAUUCAACUUAAUACUGCUGAUAUAAUAUUAAAAACAAUGUUUACUGAUGGUCAUCUUAAUGGUGAACGUCUUUCAAUAAUGAUUAAAUAUUUAAUUGAAUUUAUUGAUGCACCUAUACAACUUAUUCAACAUAUCCCAUAUGAAACAUGGAUAACUGGUUUAUGUACAGCUUUAGUUAAAUUUAAUCAACAUGAAUAUCUUAGAAAAUUAAUUGAUGAAACAAUAUUAUUUCUUAUUAAUCAUUUAUUCUAUUAUGAAACUUAUGAUAAUGCAAUAAAAAUUCUUUUUUGGUUUGUUCGUUAUGAUAAACGUAUAGAAACAUUUCAAUAUAUAAUUAAUUAUUUAUCAAAUUUAUUUCAACAAUUAAAUAUAAAUAAUAAUGAUGAUCUUAAAAUGAAAAUUAUUGAAUUAUGUCAUAUGGGUAUUGCUAUUCAUCCUGAAUAUGAUAUAUCAAAUGAAAUAAUAUUAAAAGAAAUUUUUUAUAAAUUUCCACAACCUGAUUUAAAUAUUUUAUUAAAUCAUAAAAAUAUUCAUAUUAAAUAUCAUUCAAUUAUAUUUAAUAAUGAAAAUAAAAUAAAAAAUCGUGUUGGUAUUAUUAAUUUAGGUAAUACAUGUUAUGUUAAUUCUAUUUUACAAGCUUUAUAUCAAUGUGAUUUAUUUCGAAAAUAUAUUCUUGAAUAUCAUUUUAAUCAACAAACUAUAUUAAGUGAAUUACAAAUUAUUUUUGCUCAACUUAAUCUAUCAAAACGACCUUAUAUUAAUGCAGUUAAUCUUGUACAAAUUGCUCGACCAACUUGGUUUACAAUCAAUGAACAACAAGAUUGUGCUGAAUUUCUUGGUUAUUUACUUGAUACAAUAAAAGAUGAAGAAAAAAAAUCUUUAUCAAAUGAAAUUGAACGACUUUUUACAAUUCGUACUUGUCAAAUAAAUCGAUGUCAACGUUGUUCAAUUGAAUCUUAUCGUCAAGAAACAAGUAAUUAUUUAUUUCUUCCAAUUCCAAUAUUGGAUAAUCAAUAUGAUAAUUUAAAUAAUAAUAAUAAUAAUAAUAAUCAAUCAACUAUACCUAUAUCAAUAAUGAAAAAUGGUUUAAAAUUUUAUGCAGCAUCAAAUAGAAAUUCAACAUCAGACGAUGAUCAAAUAAAAUCGAUUGCUACAUCUCUUGUUCAAUCUAAUACUAUAAAUCGAUUUUCAUUACCAAAUUUAUCUUCAAAUACUUCUAUUCGAUCACAUUCACCACCAUCAUCUUAUAUUAAUAUAACAAAUAAUAUAAUACAUAAUUCAUCAAAUCUUCAAUUUGUUUUUGAUUGUUAUUUUCAAAAAGAAGAAUUAAAAGAUGAUAAUCAAUAUCGAUGUGAACAUUGUCGAUCAUUACAAAAUGCUGAACGAUAUAUUAUUCUUCAAACAGCACCUGAAUAUUUAAUAUUAUCUUUAAAUCGUUUUGAAUAUGAUAAAAAAACAAAUACAUUUCGUAAAAUUUUUACUAAAAUAAAUUAUCCUAAAAUACUCAAUGUUAAUAUUAAUCCAUUAGAAAAUUUACGAAAUAAUUCAAUUUUAAUAAAAUAUUGUCUUAUUCUUAUUAUUGUUCAUACUGGUUAUACACUUCAUGGUGGUCAUUAUUAUGUAUAUGCUAGAGAAAUCAAACAACCAUUAUUAUCAAAAAUAAAUAAUCAUGAACAAGAAGAUUAUUUUUCAAAUGAUGAAUGGUUUUUAUUAAAUGAUGAUCUUGUACAAAUAUCUUCAUAUGAAGCAAUGAUUGAAAAUUGUGCACAAUAUACAUCAGCUACACCUUAUAUUCUUUUUUAUAAACGUAUUGAUAAACAACGUAUUGAAGAAAUGGAACAAACUAAACAAAUACAUAUACAUGAAAGUCUUAUUGAACAAAUUCAUGAAGAUAAUAUUAUUUAUGAACAAGAAUUAGAAAAACAAUCAACAUAA